CAGACCCAGGCGCGCGCGCGCGCGCACGUUGCACAAGAUGCGCGACUCCAGUGAAAUUGUGCUGUGCGCUCACACAAUCGAUGCGCGGUGACUGCAUGCUUUUAUGCUGUGCAUAAGCAGCCUAUCCUACAUGUGAGAACUGUAAAUAAGAGAUCUGCAUAAACAUAGCUACUGUGCGUUUUUUGUGUUUGUUUUUAAAUCAGAAAAACACGCAGCUUUAGAUUUGGGCUAUGUGAGCUUGCAUGCAUCGGAGCAGAAUUCUCACAAGAGAAACACGAGAGCGUCAAUGACAGAUUAUGACAAUACAGCGGACGUAGGUGACCAGUAACGCAGAAAAAGGCAGCGCUGAAAACAGAAAGAGGAUGAGGAUACCAUCACCAGGCUCACUCUGCCUAGCCCCAGAUGCCUCCCCUCCCUCUUGACGAGCGCAUAGUGGUAAUUCAGCGGCCUAAAAACUUAGGCUUGUGUGUGGCCUCUCCACCAGCCACGUCUCAGUCUUCCUCACGUCUUAACACCCGCAGCGAGCCCCCAUCUCGCUUGCUACACUCCCAACUUCCUCCAUCCCAUCCCCACCCAAUAGCUAACUCUUUGUCCUUGGAAUGCAGGCACAGGCACUUACCCCAUGGGCAAAGAGCCAAGGGCGAGAGAGGCGGCAGUACAGAGGACAGCAGCUGGAUCCCUAGUCACUGUCACAGCAAUGGGACUGUGACUCUGGGUCCCAGGCCUUACACGCACACUCAUAACAUUGACAUCAAAGUAUCAGUGGACAAAGGAGGGCCGUAUUCUGACAAAAGGUGCAGUAGCAGCUUGACUCGAGCUGAAAGCAGCAGAGACAGCAGAGGUCAGAGGGUGGCUUCACACUUAGCUCCAGGGCAAAGUGACAGGAAAUUCAGAGAAAAAUCUACAGAAACCACUGAGAGGCACCAGAUCACAGCGCAGUAUAAUAACCACUAUCAGAACAACCUCACAGUGUCACCUGGUGGGGUCUUAGAAUUUGUUCCAGCCCAAAGACAACAAUCUAAAUCUAGGUGGGCAAAAGAGGAAGAGUUGUUAUCAAAUCCACGUUUCACAACUGCCAACUACAGGGACGUGACUUCUGUUGGUAACAAAGAAAAGUCGAAACUGGGAACUGUCCAUCAGGCUCCCAAGCCCCACAGUCUAUCCCACCACCUUAUCUCCACCCCUCCAGCCCAUGCUUCUAUCCUAAACUCCCACUAUCAGGUGACCCCAAACUCUGUCCCCUACUGGUCCCCAUCUUCUUUCCCACACGCCAGUCAAACCCGCUCCUCACGUAUCAGAGAUACACACCCACAGAUCCUCCACAGCUUGCCACUAUCUCCAACCUCUUCUUUUGAAGGCUUCCCUAGCCCAGAUCACACUUGCACUAUUGACUUUUCUCGUCCAUUCAACUGUGACUGUUGGAGGCUGGUGUGCUGUAGAGGAAGGAGAACUCAGUCAUCUGGCUGUAAAGGAGGUACUGGAAGCCCAUCAUCUUCAUUUUCCCAAGGCCAAAGACAAAGUUCAAAUAAAGUAGGUGACGGUGCCAUGGGUUUGAAGAAAUUAGGAGGGUGUCUGUCCACGGCUUCAACCACAAACACCUCUUCAUCCAACAGCACUGUCUCAGAGUGCCAGACAGGGCUUCCCUUGGGCUGUGCAUCCUGUUCAGGGGAAGGUGGUGGGUUUGAUAGUCCUGCUGCGUUUUGCAAAAAAUUGGUUGGUGGUUGCCUACCCUGUGCCCCGUUCUCCCCUUCUGCUCCUUUGCGUGCUUUACAAAGUUGUGUCAAUGGCUGCAACCCCAAAUCAAGUCAGGCUGGUAGCUCUACUUGUAGUUACUGCAGUAGUGAUCCUAUAGUAGUGACUUUUAACCCACACAGAGGGAAGCCUCCUGGCUUCUACCACAAUGCUGGGGUUCACACCAUGGGAAGGCACCAACAUGAUGAUGACGAUUACAGUGUUCGCACAAUUUGGCCUGAUGAACUUGCAAAAAAGAUGACUCACUCUAAAACGCAACCUAACCAUCAUAGUGUAGGAAUGAGGACGGGAACAGGAAACUCUUACAUGGGCCAUGACCGGAGUACCAAUAAUGGAACCAGUCCAGUCAUUCUAGACUGUCGUAAUCUUCUAGAGUAUACCCGUUCUCAACUGACCGACCAUGCAGGACGACGACGACUCCAGCAAGGCAGGAUGGCAGUCUUGGACUUCAUGGGGUCAGGAAACAAGAGAGACCCAGCUCAAGACUCUCUAAAAAGGCUCUUUAACAAGGAAGGUGAUGUUGGAAUGGGAAAUGAUGAUGGGCUAGACGAUAUGUUUCCAAGCUCUCCUUCCCAUCACUCUCUCACUCCUGAGUCUUCACCCUCCUUCUCCCCUCCACCAUCAGCCCCUGGCACCCUGAUCAAGCCCAAACCAAGAGGAAGAGAUUGGGAGGGUGGGCACUCCUUACCAUCUGCUCAGUCUCUCCAUUUGGUCCUUAACUCAUUCAAUAGAGAGCAAGAAGAGGAGAAAAGGAGAGUGCACCUCUCCCUUCCGCUCUCAUCCUCCCUCCCUGCAUCUCUGUCGGAUGAGAGUGUAAUGACUCCAGAUGUGGAGAACGCUGUGAUAAGCCCCAUUCUACCUUUCCUUUUCUUGGGCAAUGAAAGAGAUGCUCAGGACCUGGACCUGCUGCUACGACUGAACAUCAGUUAUGUGGUCAAUGUCACCACGCAUCUGCCCCUCUAUCACCUGGACACAGGUCUGGUACGCUACAAGCGUCUACCUGCUACUGACAACAGCAAACAGAAUCUCAGACAAUAUUUUGAGGAGGUCUUUGAGUUUAUAGAGGAGGCUCACCAGAAUGGCCGAGGUGUGUUGAUUCACUGCCAAGCAGGCGUGUCUCGUUCAGCCACUAUCGUCAUCGCUUACUUGAUGAAGCACACCCUCAUGACCAUGACCGACGCUUAUAAAUAUGUGCGGAGCCGCAGACCAGUGGUGUCUCCCAACCUCAAUUUCAUGGGCCAGCUGCUGGAAUUUGAGCGAGAUCUCAACUCUGGUGUUACACCUCGAAUCCUAACCCCUAAGCUGAGUGGCCUGGAAACACAAGUCUAAAAGAUCUAGAAUAAUAGUUUUUUUAAAGGGAAGGAAUUGAAAGUGAGGUAAAACAAACAAAAAAAAAAAUCAAGAAAGUAUGGAUUUACAUCAUGCUUACUGUGGACAUUAAAAAAAAAGAUCGAAUACUCUUUCGAGUAUUUAUAUUGCAUAAAUAUAGCACUUAAACAGAAGUAGGCAAAUGAGUGUUUGUAUAAUCAACCUAACAGUGAUACUGUGCUCAUAAUAAUGUGCCAAGUUUUAUAAUGUUAAAUACUCCAUAGUAAUACAUUAUAACUAUCGUUGUACUCUACGUAUUAUCAACCUGCCCUCAUUGACGUAACCAAUGUAUAAAACAGUGAAGGCAGGGAGAAAAUGCAAUGCAAGGGCAAAAAAAAUACUGUCAAGCACAGAAAAAAGACACAAAGUGAUGAAUUUCUCAGACCCAAAAACUGUAGCAAAUUUCUCACACCUUCUCCACUGUGCACAGAACUUUUCUAGUAUAUUAUCCAGUAGAGAGUUCAACUGAGUGCACUUAUUUUCUUAUCCCAGUUAACGCCAAGUUAGCUGCUGACAACUUUUACCACACACAAAGGUUUAUUUUCCAUUUUUGUCAUUUGAGUCAUCUGCCAAAUGUGCAAAUACAUUUGUGGUUUACAUUCUUUU